AUGAGUGACUCGAUCAUUACGUGCAAUAGCACCAUGGUUUCCAACAGCACAAACGGUGCCGUCCCAUCUAGCAGCAACCUUAGUGGCACUGCGGUAGUCAUGCGAGGCAACGAGUCGUUUGCAGACAGCGACGUGAAUCCAGCUGAUUAUUAUUACCCGAGCGCGCCACUGCCUUCCGAUGCCUCGGACAGUAGCGUUGAGCUCUUGACUCCAAGCCGUCGCGACCAAAAUCGAUUUAGUAACUCAAAGGUCUCAAACACGGCUACGGGGUCUAGUGCUACGAUUGUCUGCAAGUACUCGAGACGUAUGAUGUCCAAGGCAAGACAGAAUGGAGAUAAGAAGAUGCAGCCUCCCUUUGAAGAGGUUGUAACAGGUGACUUCAUCCUUUACACGGAGGAGAACCUUGCCGUCUCGUUGUCACACCGUCAACAGCAGAAGCAGAUUGUGCCUCACAACCGGAGGCAAUUACGUAAACAGAGCAAGAGAGUCAAAGUGGCCAACACUCGCCCACAGCACAAGGAAGAGCCGGGUGUGUCUUUUCAGUUUUAUGGACGUAGUGGAAAUGUCGUCCCCGCUCCUCCCAUUUCUACGCUAAUGUUAUCGAACAGGAGUAUGAGCAUAAGCAACUGCAGCACUAAUGACUCAUUCAUGGUGAGCCGCAGCUCAAUCUCAUCUAUGGGCAUGUCCCAACAAUAUUCGGAUCGAGUGAGCCUCGAGAAUAACUUUGGUUCGCUCAACCCACAGUCGAAUCUGAGCACUGCAGGGCGUCUCAUUGAAAACGGAUACGCUCCAAGUAUUAAGGAAGAUGACGAAGCACAGGCGCUCCAAAAAGCUUACCGGCUGGCUUCAGACACCGUCUGUUUCGACGCAAGAGUCAUACUUGCUGUCACGGUGAUUGUGUAUUGUUUUGUAAGAGUCGUUGGGGAUAGGUAG